AUCUUGACUCGCGGUGAACUGAGUAAAAAAAAAGAUCUACAAGGUCAUUCCCUCUUUUGCAGUGCCCUUGGGCGGGUGGCUAUUGUCGACUCGCCAAAACCCAAUGCCGGGUAAUUAAGCUUGAACGCCAGCCUUGGCAGCUGUCAGGGACCCUGGAAAAUUUGACGAUUCGUACAGACAUCAUCUAUCUUGCUGGCCCUCGAUUGAUGUACUGUCCUGAGCAGGUCUGGCCGAGUUUCUGACAUGUCAGACCACAUGCAGACAACAGCUCUGUCAUUUGUCUUCCGCAGUAUGUACAUACAUGAAAUCUCCCAAAAUCGUACAGGUUACGCAAAGUUCAACUUCACUCCAAUCGUGGCCGUUCGGUUCCCAGCUGUCUGUCUAUCAAUCCUGAACAAAGACAAGCGCCCCCCACUGACAGUCAAGAACCCCAUCGCUAAAUCAGGAAGGAUGGGCGGCUGCUCAAUUGUCAACAAACGCGCUCUUUCCACAACCGGACAGAAAAAGAAAUCGGAACCCGGGAUAGAAAAGCAGAUGCAUCCCGUGUACGAUGACAUCAAGGGCAGUUGGCAAUCGAUCCACAGCUUUCUCAAUCUUCCAUCUCCGCUCCGUACUAGUCUAGUGUUCGCCGGUUCUCCCAUUCAGGGUCCAAAACGGCUCAGGCUGUCCUUCUUCCCAAGGGUCCGGGUUCCCGCGCCAAUUGCCAUCGAAGAGGGAUCGGAAACCGGGAUCUUUCCAACUGGUAGAGCUGGACGAUGUUCUUUUACUAUUCUUGCACUUCUUGGUGGUUCGUCAAGAGUAAUUGUAGAGUGCGUUGCUUGUCGCAUAGCGCCCCUUUACAAGGAUGAUCGGUGCACUCAUUGACUUGCUCAUAGUCAUCAACUGUUGAGCAUGUCGAUAGAGUGUCGUCAGUUUAGCAGGACGUAGCC